AUGGUGAUUCAACAACCCUCUGGCCAGAUCAAACUCACCAACGUUUCUCUGGUACGCCUCAAAAAGGGCAAAAAGCGUUUCGAGAUUGCCUGCUACAAGAACAAAGUCCUCGAAUGGCGCUCGGGCAUUGAGACAGACCUCGACAACGUCCUUCAGAUACACUCCGUCUUCCUCAACGUCUCCAAGGGCCAAACCGCGCCUUCGGCAGAGCUUGCCAAGGCCUUUGGCAAAGAUGCCUCGGUCGACGAUAUCAUACUCGAGAUCCUCAAAAAGGGCGAGCUGCAGGUUGGCGAGAAGGAGCGCAGCGCGCAGCUCGAGCGGGUGCACAACGAGGUCAUCUCCAUCGUGGCCAGCAAGCUCGUCGACCCGCGGACCAAGCGCGUCUACACACCGGGCAUGAUUGAAAAGGCGCUCGACAUGCUCAGCUCACAGGCCCACCACCAACAACAACAGGACAAGGACAAAAGCCACACCCCGACGAGCGGGGCGAACAGUGCGGGCGCCACUCCCGCAACGGGCGAGGCAGGCGAGAGCAAACCCCAGCAGCCCCCAGCGAAGGAGCACAUAUGGACCGGCGUGACGACCAACAAGAGCGCCAAGUCCCAAGCGUUGGACGCGAUGCGAGCCCUCAUCGCGCGCCAGCCUAUCCCCGUUACCAGGGCACGCAUGCGGCUGCGUAUCACCUGUUCGACCAGCGUGCUGAAGCAGGCCGUCAAGGCGCCUAAAGCGCCAGGGGGCAAGGGCGGCGCCGGUGCCGAGGAAGAUGAAGCGGGGGAACAAAAGGCUCCCGGAACGGUCAAGGACAAGAUCCUCAGCUUUAUCGAGCAGGUCGAGAAUCAGGACGUCAUGGGAUCAGAGUGGGAGAUUGUCGGCUUUGUAGAACCGGGCGCCUUCAAGGGCUUGUCGGAUUUCAUAAGUGGUGAAACAAAAGGGCAGGGGAGGGUAGAGGUCCUGGACAUGGCAGUCACUCAUGAGGAUUAA